AUGUCGGGACAGUCUUUGACGGACCGGAUCGCCGCCGCGCAGCACAGCAUGACCGGUUCAGCCAUCAGCAAAGCCGUCUGCAAGGCCACGACGCAUGAAGUCAGCGGACCCAAGAAGAAGCACCUUGACUACCUGAUCCACUGCACCAAUGAGCUGAACGUCAGCAUCCCCCACCUGGCAGACACACUGCUGGAGCGCACAGCCAGCAACAGCUGGAUAGUGGUUUUCAAAGCGCUCAUCACCACACACCACCACCUCAUGAUGUACGGCAACGAGAGAUUGAUGCAGUACCUUGCCUCCAGAAACACGCUCUUCAACCUCAACAACUUUCUAGAUAAGGCUGCACUACAAGGGUAUAACAUGUCAACUUUCAUCAGACGCUACAGCCGCUACCUGAAUGAAAAAGCUAUGUCUUACAGACUAGCAGCAGUGGACUUCACCAAGAUGAAGAGAGGAGCUGACGGUGUGAUGCGCACCAUGAACACAGAGAAGCUGAUUAAGACUCUGCCAAUCAUUCAAAACCAGCUGGACGCACUGCUGGAUUUCCAGCCUAACUCCAACGAGCUAACCAAUGGAGUGAUCAACACAGCGUUCAUGUUGCUGUUUAAAGACUCCAUACGGUUGUUUGCUGCUUACAACGAAGGGGUCAUCAACAUGCUGGAGAAAUACUUUGACAUGAAGAAGAACCAGUGCAAAGAAGCUUUGGAGAUCUACAAGACUUUCCUCAACAGGAUGACCAAACUGUCUGAGUUUCUCAAAGUGGCAGAGCGAGUUGGGAUAGAUCAGGGCGACAGCCCCGAUCUCACACAGGCUCCCAGCUCUCUCUUGGAGGCUUUGGAGCAGCAUCUAGCCUCUCUGGAGGGCAGGAAGCUCAAGGACCUCUCCGCAGCAAGCAGAUCCAACACCUUGUCCAGUGCAGUGUCCUCUCUCUCCAGCAGUGGGAUCUCUCUCAGCCGCAUGGAUGACAAGACAGAAGACAACAGACUGCAGCAACACAAGGAGGACAGUCAUAAGGUGACCGAUAUUCAGACACCCAACGUGUCACCCAGCACCCAGUCAGUGGGCAGUGCCAACAGCAGCGGAGGGGCCACGGAUCUCUUCUCCAAUUCACCAAUCGUAUCAGUCAGCAACCAUGUGCCAAACCUGACCAGUGAGCUGUUCACCCUGCAGCCUAACUUCACCCCCAUCCAGACCACACACACUGUGCCCAACAACAACAACGCCUGGGGAGGCGACCUGCUAAAGCCAGCCCCACACGCUCAAAUUCACAACCCUGGAGUCCAGUUGCACUCUGGGAAAAUGCUGCCAAAUGAUUUGGAUUCUUCAUUAGCCAACCUCGUUGGCAAUCUGCAGUUUGGGGGGACGCAAGCUAAAAAGCCGGAGCUCCAGUGGAGUCAGCUGGUGGAGAAGAAGCCAACAGGAGGAGGUGGCUGGCAGUCAAAGACCAUGUGUACCAGCACCAACUGGACUCACACUACCCAUCCCAUGGCACCUGCACCCAUGCCCGUCCCUCAGAUGAAUGGGAUGAUCUAUACUGGCUAUGCUCCUGCACCAGUGGCUUUUCCUAUGACGUCACCCCAAGUGCCUGUGUAUGGAAUGCUCCCUCCUCAGAUGAGUCAUCAGAUGGGGGGCGUUCCCAUGAUGCCCCCGCAGACUGUCAUGUACAACCAGCCUGUCCUGAGACCCACCAACCCCUUUGGACCCAUCCCUGGGACACAGGUAACACACUCACAAACGGCGAUAAUGACCUGUGAUGACCGCUCUGUGGAGGUGCAGAGGCUCUACUGCCACUUCCCGACCUCCUCACCCUGA